AUGGCUUUGAUUCGAAAUGUGCAAGUCAGUACAUGUGGCAUAGAUACACUAGCUUUAUCUACUUCUGGUGUUGCACCGUGUAUAGUAUUUGUCAUAGUACUGGAAGAUAAAAUUUUUAUUGAUCAUGUUAGUUCUGAAAAUUUUAAUGCUUCAUCAACAUGUUCUAUCAAUGAUGCACAUAGUUUUUUGAUGAACACGUUUAAUCGUCUUCAUCAAUUAGAACCAUCUCCAAUGAUACAAAAUAUCUUUAUAGUUGGAGGUUGGAAUAAUAAUAAUUUUAUAACAUUAAAAAGUAAAAUUAAUUUUAUAUGCAAUCAAUGCAAUACAAGAAUGGAAGAAAAUAGUAGUUUACCACCUCAUGAAUUCGAUUUAUUUUUAAGUAAAAUUAAAUGGAAUUUAAUUGGUUUUAAUCUACCAGCAAAAAAUUCUGAUGGUACAGAUAAAGAUGAUGAUGAUGAUGAUGAUCCAAAUACUUAUAUAGUUGAUUUUACUCUCGUUUACGAUCGAUCAUCAACUCCUCAUCGUUUUAUUAUUUGGCAAUAUGCCGGUCGAGAGGAGGAAUUGUUUAAUACACGAUCUGAUUCAUUAAUCCAAGCAAUCUAUGAAUUUAAUCCAAUAUCAAAAGACUUUCGAGCAUGCAUAUGCUCAAAUGCUAAUUCAUUACCACAUUAUGAUGAUUUUUUUAAACUAGUAUUAUUGAAUGUUGGAAAUCCACAGUUUAUUUAUCCUUCAUUUAAUAGUGAUUAUUUUAAAAACAUAUUCAAUAAUUUAUUGUUAAGAGUUGAACAAGCAUCACUCUUUUGA